UCCUAUCCCUGGAUCAUAAUAUUCAUCCCUAAAGCGAGAGAGUAAAAGAAGACGAAGAGGAGGGAGGAAGAAGAAGAAGAAAAAGGAAGGGAAAAAGGAAGAGAAAAAAUCGGAAAAGAGAAAACACAGGUUCUCCGAUCUCACUUUCACCCCCUUAACCAUGGUGGCCACCCACUUCCAAGUCUGGUCACUGAUGCUGGCGUCGGUGUCGUUCCUAGCCCCCAAGAGCGCGUCGGCGCAGAACUGCCACUGCUACCUGACGAACGGCACAGCACCACAAUACCUGACCAACACGCGCUUCUUCGACUUCCGCAACAUCGCGAACCCGCGCGUGCCCGCGGCCAUCAACAACCGCACGCUCGCGCAGAACGCCGGCGUCACGCACGCCUACUUCAACAGCACCAACUUCACCGACACCUGGGGCAUCUCCGCGCGCCCCGACGACAACGGCCUCGUCUACAACGUCUGGUCCAAGAACGACGUCUACAUCGCCUCCAACACCGACUCCAACGCGGGGUCCAAGACCUACCUCGACCUCCGCACCUACCGCCACCCCGCCGCCAACGGCAACUUCCAGUCCUCCGCCGAGCUCGAGUCCGCCUCCGCCGCCUACCAGUACGUGUCGAUGCGCAUGUACGCGCGGACGCGGGGGUCCUCGGGCGGCGUGACGGCCAUGUUCACGUACCGGGGCGGCUCGACGGCCGACCUCGUGCAGGAGGCGGACCUGGAGGUGCUGACGCGCGACGCGACCAACAUCAUACACUACACGAACCAGCCGACGAUCAAGGGCGGCGUGGUGCAGACGAACGGGACAAAGAAGGUGACGACGACGCCGGCGGUGUGGUCGGCGUGGCAGAACCACCGCUACGACUGGUCCGCCGGCUCCAGCAACUGGUACCUCAACGGGAAAAACGUCGCGACGAUCCAGUACCAGACCCCCGUUGACCCUGUCUCCUUGCUGUUCAACUCCUGGUCCGACGGCGGCAGCUGGAGCGGCAUCAUGGCGUCCGGGCAGAGCGCGGAGAUGCAGAUACAGUGGAUACAGCUCAUCUACAACAACACCGAGGAGCCGUCUCGCUAUAAUCAUUGCGCGAAUGUGUGUAGCUUCGACAAGGGGACGCUGCCGGGUGUGGCGAAGGUCAUUACGUCUGGGCCUUAGGAGCGGACUGGAAUGAUUUACCUGCCCUCCUCUCCCAUUCCUUUCCCUACCUACCUUAAGGAGUUAAGAGCUUUCAUGCGUUGAUGAUGAUGAUGGUGUAAUAAACUCCCUCGCGUUCAUCUCUUUUUCCAGGAGCAUAGUUGGAAAAAUACUUCUGUUCAGUUGUCUGGUUAUUUGCUUUCUCGUAUAUAGAUUUCCCAACAGGCACACACCUACCUAGGUACCUACUUAAUAUUUUAACAAACAAAAAUCUCUUCGGAUAUAGAUUCAAGUAA